UUAUUUAGUUUUUUAAAUACUUUAGUUAAAUGGAAAUGUGUGCACUGAGCCACGUUUUUAAAAAAUACAGAAAAGAAUGAUAUUGUGUUAAGACAAACACCCCAACACGAGUCCAACUUUUCGUGUAUUAGUUAUCAUUAGCAAUCCUUUCACUAGCUUAACUACCAAUUUAAAGAUUGACAUUCCUAGACGAGCUAUCAAGCUGAAGGUGUACAUGGUUGCCUAUGUUUAACUAUUUUCUUAGUUUUUCCUCAGCGCGAAAUUUGAAUUCAAACUGCGACACCACACUUCAGCGAAUUUUGCACUCAAUUUGCAUACAUUAUGUUUCAUCUACUUAUAUUUAGUUUCGGAAAGUUUGUAUCUGAUAUAUAAAUUUUGUCAUUAAAUUUGUUCUGAGUAUUCUAUACUUAGCCACAAAAACGUAUGUAAUGGACGUAUGUAUGUUCUUUGGACAACUGACUUAAUCAAUUACGCAUAACAAAACAGAUUUGCAAGUUUCAAGUGCAGGAAACCUCUCUCCGAUAUGAAUCACUAAAAAACAAAACGAUGGCAAGUCAUUUGACGAUUAUGUAUAAACAGAUAGAUUAGAUAUAAAAAUAGUAAAACUUGCGUUAUCUCUUCAGACAUGUAGUGUCUCCUAAACUUAAAACAGCAGGUACCAUGGAUUACGCGAACUUACCUGUAGAAACUAGCAAAACUCAACAGUUUGCAGUUUACAUUUUAUUCUACGCACUAGGAGUUGUUACAAUUAUUCAUUCUAAUUUUUUUACCACCGCUACAGACUAUUGGAUGUACAAAUUUCGUGAUGUAGACAGCAAUGCAAGCUACAACAGUGACAACAAAACCACCCUUCAAGCUGAUUUUACUGCAAACUAUUCCAUAGUUUCUAAUGUAAGCUACGUUCUUUUCAUUUUGGCCACUAGUCGUUUUCUUAGAAGUAGAGUAGGAAUAAUUCCCCGGACGAUUGGAUCUCUUAGUGGGGCAGUUUUCUUGCUUAUUCUUACUUGUAUAUUUGUGAAAGUCGAUACGGAUUCAUGGCAAAGGGGUUUCUACGUUUUUACUUUAAUAAUAGGCUGCUUGUUAACAGGAAUGUGUGGAGUGUUUAUGGUAACGCUCUUCGAAAUGGCAGUAAAGUUUCCCCGUAGUCACAUACCAACAAUAUUUUCAGGACAAGCUAUUUGUGGGAUAGUGGCGGCUUUGGUUCAGAUAUUUGCACUAGGGGUAGGGGGAGGAGCGCAGACUACUGGACUAAUUUACUUCCUUAUUGGAAUGUUGUUUAUAUUUUUUUCUUUGGUGGGAUUCGUGGUAGCUUGGAGAAAGUCAGAUUUUUUUAGAUACAAUAUGACGAAAGAAUUAGAAGCUAGAAAACGUUUAGAAAUCAGUAAAGAAAUAAUUUUAUCGGGUAUUAAGAAGUCGAAAUUUUACAUGUUGUCGAUGGUUAUCGUUUUGGGAGGCACAGUUAUGGUGCAUCCAGGAGUGAUAGUUUUAGUUAGUUCGGUCGACAAAGGGAAUGGAAACCCAUGGAAUGAUACGUAUUUCGGACCUGUGGUGAAUUUUUUAUUUUUCUAUUUGUUUGACUUCAUUGGUAGGGAGACUGCAAUCUUCUUCAAAAAGCCAACUAAUGGAGCCAUAGUGUUCGCACUAAGCUGUUGCCGAAUACCACUUAUUCCUCUCAUUUUGUUCUGUAACGCCACUCCACGUUAUCAUUUAUCUGUGGUAUUUGAUGCAGAUUAUGCCUAUAUUAUUUUCCUUAUAUUAUUUGCUCUCAGUAAUGGAUACUUAGUCAAUAUCAGUAUUGUCAGUGUACCUCAGGUUACGGACGAAAAGGAGAGACCUUUUGCCAUGCUCUGUGUUUUAAUGCUCAUGGUUCUAAGUUUGGCAAUCAGUUCUGCUAUAAGUACAGCAAUAGUGAAGGCUCUGUGAGUCAAAUAUGAUGCAAGUAUUUAUUUUUAAUAAAAGUUUUAUAGUAGA